CUUCGGUUUUUGUUCUGAUAUCUCAUCUAAUCUCAACUAAAAUCCAAAUAUCCAAUCCCCAUAAAACAGAUUUUUAUUAUUUUCCACCAAUGGAUCCUGGCUUCGCCGGAGCACCGCCGGGCACGGCGGUGUUCGAUCAGAUUCUGGCCGAGGAACCAGAUAGCUCGUUGCUUCACCGGAACACCUUCUCCGGCGACUCCUUCUCUAUCCCCGACACCUUCGAGGACGUUCUAAACUUUGAUUUAGAACAGUUUGAUUUUGACAUACUAAACUCCCCACCACCGUCGCCGACGCUUCCGCCGACCGUCACCGUUGAUUCAGCUUCCUCCGUGGAAUUAAAAGCGCAGGCCUCGGAGGUCGGCCCGGUAGGGCCCACUGCGGGACUCGACCUCGGCGGAGAGAGGAAGGGGAAGCGGCGUCUCCGGAACAGCUAUACCGUUGGGGCGUAUGGGCCACUGGUAUCUCGGGGGAAGAGGACCAUGAACUCUGAGGAACUUGCUGAACUUGCUAGGGUUGAUCCCAAGAGGGUUAAGAGGAUUCUUUGCAAUAGAAAAUCUGCUGCUAAAUCAAAGGAAAGGAGAGUGAUUUAUGAGAAAGAUUUGCGAGAAAAGGUCCCGCAGCUUGCGAUUCAAUCAGCUAACCUAGAUGCUAAACUUAGAUUUCUUGCGGAAGACACUACAAAUAGGGAUGUUCGUCUUAAGCAGCUCAGAUUAACCAUAGAUGCUAUGCGACAAGAAGCGCAGAUUAAAGAUGCUCUCUCUGCAUCGGUAAAGGAAGAACUUCGAAGCCUCCGUAGGAAUAAACAUGGUCAUGUUGGUGUUAUGUCAAGUUGUGGUUCUGUGGACGAGUUGACCUCUCAAUUUUCUUCACAGUUGGCUCUACAAAAGUUUCAUAAUCAUCCGUCGUCGUCUCAGAAACAUCUAGACCUUCCUCAGCAAACACAGCUCUCCAUGCCUAAUCCUCUUCCUUACUCUACUACUCAGAGUUUUAGUGGGCAAUAUGGCCCUAAUAACUACUUCUCCAACUUCAAUCAGCAAAACUAGUUCAUUAUAGCAGGCAGCAUGAAACGAUAUCACAAGUAUCAUCUUGUGUAUAUGUUUGUAAUGCAGGAGAGCUGUGAAGGAUAUCAUUGUGUUGUUCAGCGUCUUUGUUGGUACUUAUGUUUUACUGUUUCAGGCUAGAUAGCCUAAUUCUUGUGCUUUUCCUGCAUUAAUUUUAAGGUUAAAACCAGAACUCAUUUUUUAUUUUCAGUUAAUUAUGUGGUGAAAACAGUUGAACAUGAAGAUGUUGAAGUAUAAGUUGAUGAUGCAUGGGGGGUGAAUGCAAGCUGUAUUCAUUGAGUUAUCACUUUGUAGCUUCUGAAGUUACAUGAUAUCAAACUUUGGAUUUUGUGAAAGAAAUUUAAUGGAAGAAAAAUGCAUCUUUAGUGUA